AUGAUAGCGCACCGACGCGUACGAUCAGCGACAAACCCUCCGAGCAAGCUAUCACAAUCGUCUAUCCCGCCCCUAACUCCUCAUCCUGAAGAAGCAAAAACCCCUGGAGGAACUGCUGUCUUGCCAUCGUCGCCUGGUGUAUCUGGUGGUUUCUUUGCUUCCAUCUUUUCUGCUGCGCAGAACGCUGCUAGCAACAUUACCGACACCAUUGCAAUCAAUCAAAACGCUAAGAACAAGGCUAGCCAACAACAGCAAAAGGAGGAAAAAGAGACCGAAGACGGUGGUGAGGAAGUCAUUGGACCAGCCAACGCUAGUACGGUUGCAACAGAAGGCGCUGCGCAGCGUAGACCUGCUGUUGAAACUCUUGGCUCUGGAAACUUAAGCCUCGAACAACUCGGCAUUACUGACAGCAAAGACACCAGCCCCAUGUCUUCUGCAACAAACGUAGCCAUGCAGGCCGAUGAGGCUUCUGCAAAGUCUGAGGACAGAGCUGCUGCUCAAGCAGUCUCAGCCGCAUAUGCAGGCGACAAGCCCCCGUCGGUAGCCAGCGAGCGCCCACGGUCGCUGACUGCCGUCUCUGGUCAAUCAGGAAAUGGCGCUGCCACUCCUCCCCGGCAAACCGAGCUAACCGACUCGCCAGCGUCGAUACAACGACAGGGCAGCGUUCGCAGUCGUAUAAGUGCCGGCAGACGGAGACGGCACAGGGGCAGCUCCGCUACCACGGGAAAUACACUGGGCGGAGUCAUCAGUGCAAGUACAAGUACUCUAGCUCCAAGUGCCGCACUGCAAAGCCAGCGGUUGAAUGGAACCGGUUUUGCAGUAGCACCGCCCAGACGAAACAAGGAAUUCCACAAUCUGUUCAAGAGCGUUCCCGAGGACGAUUAUUUGAUCGAGGACUAUAGUGCAGCCCUCCAGAAGGAAAUCUUGCUCCAUGGACGUUUAUAUGUUUCAGAAGGCCAUUUGUGUUUUUCUAGUAACAUCCUAGGAUGGGUCACCAACCUGGUCAUCAGCUUCGACGAGGUUGUGUCUGUUGAGAAAAAGUCCACCGCUGUCCUCUUUCCCAAUGCUAUAGUCAUCCAGACGCUCCACGCUCGUAACGUAUUCGCCUCGUUCCUAUCGCGAGACUCGACCUACGACCUCAUCAUUGGCAUCUGGAAGAUCUCUCACCCCAAUCUCAAGUCGUCUCUCAACGGUGUCACCCUAGACGGAUCAGGCGGUACGGGUGAUAAGACGGAGAAAGCAGAGUCAGUCCCCAGUGACGACGGAUCCAGCCAAGAUUCAGAUGACGAGGUAUACGACGAAGACGCCGAGGACGAUGACGGUAUAGGUAGUUUCACAGAGCCUGGCGAGGGUAGCGUAACUGGUAGCGAAGCCGGCUCUGCUGUACCUGUCGAAACGACACGAAAGGUCAGCGGCGCAGUAGCACAGGCUUAUGGCGGUGGUGGGGACACUGCCGAUGCUGCCAAAGCGGCAACUAGUGGGGCUGCUUCUGCUGCACAGGAUUUCCCUGGUCCAUCAACACAUGGACCUAGCGAGUGUGGUGACAGUGAUCAACACUAUGACAAACUGCUUAUCGACACUACUAUUCCCGCGCCUCUGGGCAAGGUGUACAGCUUGAUGUUUGGUCCUGCUUCUGGUGCAUUCAUGCGCAAGUGGUUGGUCGACGAUCAAAAGUCUACUGACCUGCAAAUGGAAGACGACAAGAAGGGGCUGGGUGAAGACUCAAAAACCUUCAACUAUUCUUACAUCAAGCCACUGAACGCCCCUGUAGGCCCUCGACAGACCAAAUGCAACAUUUCCAUGAACUUGGAACAGUUCGACUUGGAGAAAGCUGUGAGUGUGCAGUGCAGCACGGCGACUCCGGAUGUACCCAACGGAAGCAUAUUCCUCACUAAAACGCGAUACUGUCUGAUGUGGGGACCGGGAAAUAGCACGCGCUUGAUCAUGACAUUUACUGUCGAAUGGAGCGGAAAGAGUUGGCUAAAGGGCCCUAUUGAGAAAGGUGCGAAUGAUGGUCAAAUGUCAUACGCCACCUCCCUUACUGCUGCUCUUCGCACUGCCGUAAGCGCCGCUAAAGCCGGCGGUGGCAAAGCUAUGGGCAAGGGCGGAAAGGGCAGGAAACGCUCCAAAGGUAAUCUUUUGGAUGAUGCACCCGCACCAACGUCAGUUGCUGCUCCAGUCAGCCAAUCCAAGGAAAGCAACUGGGGCAUAUUGGAGCCUCUUCGUAGUCUGUUGGGCCCACUAGCAGAUGUGCUAGAGUCGAUCUUCACUCCACAAGUCAUCAUCUUCAUCCUCGGAGCGCUCCUCAUGUACACUUGGCUUUUCCGUGGUACCACAGGAGUUACUGGUCCGAACCAGUGGUCGACUGCUCAGAGACAGGUGGCGUACGAAGAGAUUUGGCGCCAUGAAGAGUCUGAUUUAUGGGCCUGGCUCGAAGAGAGGGUCGCGUUGGAUCGGGUCCAAAGCUCCGUUGUCACUGGUGCAAGGCUUCAGCCGGAAGUCGACACGCAGAAGCGAAUCUCGCCCAGAGACAUGAAAGAGAGGGACAUGGAUGAAGCCAUUCGUGUGACGGAAGAGAAGUUGAGGGCGCUGAAAGAUGCCGUCAUCCGCCAAAUUACAAAAAGGUUCUGA